UAAUGUUUUUCCCGCAGUAGUAUGAGGAUAACAAGCCAGCCGAUCUGAGUUGCUGUUUCUCGCUCCCUCAACCGAGGACGAAUAAGCUAAAAACAUUUUUUCCGAGGAGACUUCUGGUUUAUCGGCGACGGGGAAACCACCGUUUUUUUCUUUCCUGUCGGCGCUGUUUGUUUAUCUUCACGGAGUCGCUCGGCUGGAGUUUGUCUGCGGUCUCUAUGCUGUCCAUGGAUUAACACUAGAGUCGACUCCGAAGCGCUGUCAUAUCAGCUAAAGUGUCAAACUGUGGAUUGUGAUCCUUACGUCACUUGUCAAUAUUCAGCAGCUGCUUUUCCCCGGUUUGGUUGGAAACAAAGUGGAACUACAGCUAAGUCUAUGCAAAACGAGCGGAAACUUGUUGAAAUACAAUUCGGCGAGUAAACCUUUGGCCAACUGCGGGUCAGCUUUACUAGCGGUAGUGGAGAGAUUUAGCUAACGAGGCUAUCAACUUUCUCUGACCGCAGCUGUAAAUAUUUAGGUGGAAGUUUCCUUUAAAAGAUACCGACAGCGGGUAGAUGUCGACAAGCAGAUAAAGUGCAUUUGUCGGAAUUAAAAUGGCACUGACAGUAGCUUAGCCGACUAGCUGUCGCUGUUGCUCUCCGUUCACUUCCAACGCUAUGUUAGCAGUGACAGCUAACGCCAUGUUAACGUUAGAUUCAAACAAGUGGUUCGCUGGAAGAGUGUCAGCGUGAAGUUACAGCUUAACUUUAAGCUGCUAUCGCCUCGCAGUUUGCCUAGAAAGUCAGAGUAAAUAUAUACUUUGCAAAGUCUUUAUUUAGUCCGCUUUUUAGUCACACUUAAACAACUUUUAUUAAAGGGAGCUUUGAGUGUUAGCCUAGCCGCGUUAGCUUGCCUGUUGCCUUGUAAAAGCAUUGAGACAGUGCAGCCAGCCGAGCUGCCUCUGGAGUGACUUUGGUUUAAGCGAUAACGCGAGGUGUGCUUUUAAAAUUCUCAUGGGUUUGCUACAACGCUUGCUGAGAGACUUUGCAAAAUAAGACCCCACCAGCACAGUCUUCCACUCCUCCCCCCCAAAACAAGUAGCUGAAGUUGUUGAACUGCGGCCCGCACCAUGUCCAGCUCCCCGGGCACAGGUGGCUCGAACCCCAGGAAGUUCAGCGAAAAGAUAGCGCUGCACAACCAGAAGCAAGCAGAGGAGACGCGGGCCUUUGAACAGCUGAUGACGGACCUCAAUGUCUCAAGGGUCCAGUUUCAGAAGAUCCAGCAGCUUCGCUUGUCUCAGUCAAGGGCGCAGUACUACGGAGGCUCUCUGCCCAACGUCAAUCAAAUCGGCAACACCAGCACUGAAUUUCAGGGUGGCUUCCCUUCAGGUUUGGACUCGGUGAGAGGGACUCGCCACCACGGGCUGGUCGAGAGGGUCCACAGGGACCGCAACCGUAUCAACUCUCCCCAUCGCCGACCCCUCGACAAGCACGGCCGGCAGAUGGAGAGCUCUCCGUAUGGAGCGGUGUACCUGUCGCCACCUCCGGACAACAACUGGAGAAGGGAACAGCAGCCAUGGACUGAGGAAAAACGGCCGGGGUUUAGAUUAAUAUCACAACUCAACAGAACCAACUCAGACUCUGCUCUUCAUACAAGUGCUAUGAACCCAAACCCUCAGGACCCAUUUGGCAUGAACCAGCAGAUGGGCAGAGGACCCCCACAGCGCAAUGCGAGUGUAAAUGAGGCCGAGGUGGACGGCUCAGGAGACGUCUUCUCCUUCCCCACCAUCCCUAACGAGGAGAACCUCAUAGGUGUCAGUAAGCCUCUACCCAAGCAGCUGUGGCAGGCCAAGAAGGUCCAGUCUCUGGCCUCAAGGCCUAAAUCCUGUGAAGUGCCUGGAAUCAACAUAUUCCCGUCUCCAGAGCAGAACCCCGGGCUGUCCCACUACCAGGGCUCCUUGAGUACCGGGGGCUCCCUGCCAGACCUCAGCAACCUGCAGUUUCCCUCCCCGCUCUCCACGCCGCUGGACCCUGACGACAACAGCGGGUACCCCAACAUCAGCGGGGGCAGCAGCACCGGAAACCUGCCAGCUGCAAUGAUGCACCUGGGCAUCGGCAACUCACAAGGUCUCUCCUCCUCUUUGAGUAAUCCUUCAAUCCAGGCUUCCCUCAACAACUGUCAGCUGCAGUCUUCGCUCAGCAAUCCCUCCAUCAACUCGUCCCUGCGCCUGUCCAGCAGCUCCCCCCGGCGAAGGCCAGCUCCCAUCAGCCCCCUCACCCUGUCUCCUGGGGCCGAGCAGCGCAGGGGUCUGGCCAAGCAGCUGUCUCCGACCAUGUCGCCCUCGCUGUCCCCCAUCACGCAGGGAGUUGCUUUGGAUACCAGCAAUAUGCCAAGGGAGCCUCCUCCGCCCUAUCCGCUCUACCAACAACCCCAGCAUGUAGUGGACCAGGGCCGCCAACGGCAGCAGCAGCAGCAGCCCGUCUCUCCGCUUCAGAGCAUUCCACUGGACUUCAACACGAGCCAACCCAACAAUCUGGCAGCUCUCUUCAGCGACCCGUUCAUGGAGCCGCAGUUCUCUAAUCGCCAGAACAAGAUGGUCCCCUAUCAGUUGGAUCAGUUCGGUCUGUUGGAAAACACAAUGAGCUCCACAGCAGGGGGGUCGUGCUUCGAUCCGUCGUCCGCCUCCCUCUAUUACUCGCAGGCUGCUCAGUCGGGGAUGGGUGGCGGCCACGGCAGCCUGCAGGACCAGAUGCACAUGAGGUCCAAUAUGUUGUACUCAAACUGCAGCGGAGGACUGCCCAACAUCAUACUGACUGACGACUCCAACCCCAGUCUGUCCAAGGACAUCAGCAGUGCGCUCUCCACGGUGCCCGAAUGUUUUGACUCAGAGGUAGGCUUCCCGUUGGAGGACGAGCUGCGCAUCGAGCCCCUCAGCCUGGACGGACUGAGCAUGCUCAGUGAUCCCGACAUGGUGCUGCCGGACCCGUCUGUGGAGGAUACUUUCCGCAGUGACAGACUCUGAAUGUGAAGAGCACCACAUGUCUAAAGAAAACACACACUCUCACACACACACACACACACACACACAGAUUUGCAGUGUAUAGUGUACAAAUCUGAAUCUGCAUGCAAACAAUCCAUGUAGGGCCACUGUGCAUGCAUCCACUGCCACUAAGAUUCAUGAAAUGUGAAACGCCCACACGGCCAUGCCCACUUUGGAAGAAGGAGACUUGUGAACAGACACUGUUUACGCCUGCUCUGAGCAACGUUCCCCUCAUGCACGCUUGAGCCCCCCCGCCCCAACACACACACACACACACACA